CACGUGGGCGUGGUCUCGGCGGAGGUGAGGUUGUUGUUAUCGCGGACGUCGACAGUUCGGGAUCGUUUUAAAUAUUUUAAGAUAUGGAUAUCAAUAAGUCCAGGAGCACCAACCAGACCUUCCCCACCCUGAAGUUGUCAAAUGGAUACAUCCUACCUGAGGGCAAAGUCACACCCAAUACCCUCUUUGUGGGUGGGAUCGACUUGAAGGUGGAUGAAAAUGAAAUCCGGGACUUUUUUGCAAGAUAUGGUUCUGUUAAGGAAGUGAAGAUUAUCACAUACCGGGGUGGAAUCUGCAAAGGUUAUGGAUUUGUGUACUUCAGUGAAGAAGUCAACAUCCAGGCAAUCAUAGAGCAACAGAUUAGUUUUAAGGGCCGGAAACUGAAGCUGGGCCCCGCCAUCAUGAAAGACAGGGGCUCUCGGGGAACCUUCCCCUCCCGUAUGGUUGGUCCAAGUCCAUGGCCAGCCCCCCCCCAGUACUUCUUCUGUGCUUGCUGUUCACCCAUGGGUGGCGGACUGGCGCCAUCACAGCCUUCGCCCAUCAUGAAUGGAAGCGGCCCGUACAGUCAGCCGUAUUUCUACAACAACUUUGGAGGUGUCAUGAUGCCGCAGAUGCCAAUGAACUACACACAGAAUCCCUACACUUACCAGUAUGCUCCACGUCCAUGGACGGCGGACCAGAGGACACGGCCUGUCGAUGAGAACUUUGUGGAUUGUGGCGUCCAGACCAUGUUGACCGUCCUGUAA